UUCACUUGACGUCUAGUCUCUCUGUUGGGGUGCACACGGAUUGACCACUCCUUUGGGCUUUUUUUCCUUGGAUAUUUGGGGGGGAACGCUCAACCACAAACAUGACUGACGCUCAACAAGAGGCCCGCUCCUACCUCAGCGAGGAAAUGCUGGCUGAGUUCAAAGCCGCCUUCGACAUGUUCGACACCGACGGUGGCGGUGACAUCAGCACCAAGGAGUUGGGCACCGUGAUGAGGAUGCUGGGUCAGAACCCGACCAGAGAGGAAUUGGAUGAGAUCAUUGAGGAGGUCGAUGAGGAUGGCAGCGGUACCAUCGACUUCGAGGAGUUCUUGGUCAUGAUGGUGAGACUGCUCAAGGAGGACCAGGCCGGCAAGAGCGAGGAGGAGUUGGCAGAAUGUUUCCGUGUGUUCGACAAGAACGCUGACGGCUACAUCGACAGAGAGGAGUUCGCCCUCAUCAUCCGCAGCACCGGGGAGCCCAUCUCAGAGGAGGAGAUCGAUGAGCUGAUGAAGGAUGGAGACAAAAACUCCGACGGCAUGCUGGACUUUGAUGAAUUCCUCAAGAUGAUGGAGAAUGUGCAGUAAAUCCUGAAAGACUCAUGGACAUUCCUCCUCUCCCCCUGAAGUCCCGUCACUCCCAACAAUGACUCACUCCAAGACCCUCCUCUUCUGUCCGCUGCGCCUCCUCUGCAAACGCAUCCUCAACAGACAGCUAGGGCACCCAGUGGGUGGGUGCUGGUGGUCCUCCUGAGCCGCCCCCAGGGCUUCACCUGAGCAUCAGGAUUUCCACAGCCCGCCCUCCACUGCCAUCCUGCUGGUCGACAUCUGAUCUAGAUGUAGUCGAGAUAGAACAACAGCCUGUGACCUGCUGCUUAGACCAACUCAAACACUUCACUGUACAAAGGAGUUCUUCGCUUGAACAGAAUAAAUGAACUAACACAUGCUCACUUGUAGUCGUCAUAUUACUGGCCUGUGUAUACAUUUGUUU